AUGAUUUUGUUAGAUGAAAAGGGUGGAAGGGUCCACGCUGCUGUCAAGGGUUCUUUGCAUAUCCGUAAAAAAAGUUACAAAGGAGAAGCUUAUUUCAUAAAUUUUUUUGGAGUUGGUUUGAAUAGUAGUAGUUUCAGGCCAACUAAGCUUGAUUAUCGUUUGUCUUUCAACUUGAAGACGAAUGUAAAAUCCACUAUUGAUUCUGCUGUUCCCACCAAUGGAUUUGAUUUUGUAGAUUUUGACGUUAUAGAGAAAGAGUCUUCUGAUUCCCCUUAUUUAGUAGAUGUCAUUGGUUUAGUCUCUGGAAUAGGGGAAGUUCGUGAGCAUAUUAUCUCCGGGGAAGACAACAAUGGUUGUCGUGGAGCUUGA